CUCUUCAUUCUUCUCUCCGAACAGCCGGGCUGUAUCUCAGCUGCAGCACCUCUCCGCUGCUGCCACUUGUCUGCCCCUCCUUCCACCCUCUGCCAUCCUCACCCUCCUCCCAGAGUCCCAGCUCUCAGUCCUCUCCUCUCACGGUUCUCUGAUCCGGGCCCUUUUCCGAGCCAGUCACAGAAUGGAUUCUCUGCUGAACCAGUGGCUUUGGCGACAGGAGUAUUGGCUUCCUCCUGGAGUCAGCUGGGAAGACAUGAAGGAGACAGAAGACAUCCAGUAUCCGAAACCCCGUGACCUUCUCUUUGGUAUUCCAUGCAUGCUUACCAUCACUGCAUUGAGAUUUGUAUUUGAACGGUUUGUGGCUAUACCUCUAAGCAGAAUGAUGAAUUUACGGGAGAAGUACAAACGGAAACCCUCAAUUAAGCCAGUUCUGGAAGACUUUUACACAAAGAAGGGAAAGCAUCCUACAGAGAGCGAAGUCCGCAGUCUAUCAGCUCAAUGUAAUAUGCAGAUUCGCCAAGUAGAGCAUUGGUUCAGAUGUCGAAGGAACCAAGACAGACCAAGCAUAACCAAGAAAUUCUGUGAGGCAAGCUGGAGAUUCUUCAUGUACUUCAUUUCAUUCCUUACUGGCAUUGCUGUAUUAAAUGAUAAGCCAUGGUUUUGGGACCAGAGGGAGUUCUGGACGGAUUAUCCCUAUCAGCCAUUGGAGUUCUCUUUGUACUGGUAUUACAUGCUACAGCUGGGAUUUUACUCAUCAAUGCUCCUCACUUUAGCUUUUGAUAUAAAAAGAAAGGACCUAAAAGAGCAGAUAGUACAUCACUGUGCCACCAUCUUUCUGAUAACGUUUUCAUAUUGUGCCAACUAUAUUCGAGCAGGUACUUUGGUGAUGCUUCUACAUGAUUCGGCUGACUUCGUUAUGGAGUUAGCAAAGAUGUUCAAUUACAGCAAGUGGAAGAGGAUGUGUAAUAUCUUGUUUACUAUCUUCGCUUUGAUUUUCAUCGCCACGCGCCUGUUUCUUCUUCCCACGAGGAUCAUCUAUAGCACGUAUUACCACUCCAUGGUGCUCUUUCAACCUUUCUUUGGAUACUAUUUUUUUAAUGCCCUUCUAAUGACUCUACAAAUACUCCACAUCUUCUGGGCAUACAUGAUACUACGAAUGAUAUACAGGUUCACAUUUACCGGCAUGGUAGGUGACGACGUGCGGAGCGAUGUAGAAGAGAGCGAUGAGAGUGGGCAAGACAGCAAUAGGCCAUCAGAUGUCGAGUACAAAAAGAGCUGCUGGAGCAGCAACAACAACGGUGUUCCCCGCAAGGCUGUAAAAAAUGGCGUAGCCAAAGUAAAGAAUAGCCACUCAAAGACCAGCUAGCCAGAGUAGCUACUGAUGCACUGUGCUACCUGAAACCUCAUCACUGCUAUUGUCCAUCAUGCACUCUGGCUUAGCUGCUUUUACAGUACAUCACACAUUGCAGAGCGUUAAAGAUCUGUGAUCCUAAGUACAGCUACUGUAUGUACAUAUUGUCUGAGCUACAUGACCUCCUAACCGGCAGCAUUUACAAUUAGAUUAUGCUGGGCUGGAGUGAGUUGUGCUCUCUACCCACACUAUAAUCAUGGCUUAUAACGUACACCUGCAGAAUUACUCAAGAUCUCUAAGGAUUUAUUUUAACUUGCAGAGCGCAAGAAAUAGGACUAACAAGUAUGAUCUAUUUUAUUUUUGUGUAAGCUAUUUCUAAAAUGCUUAGGGUGAUGCUUUCCAUAAAAUGUUUUUUUGAAAUGUU